AUGCUUGAACAUAAACUAAAUGAAAUAAAAGACUUUAAAAUAUUUAUUGCCUCAAUUAUUGAUAUUAAAACAAAUAAUUCUAAUUUUGAUGAAAAUAAUGUUUUUAGCCAAAAAGAAUUGCCUCAACUUCGAGAAUCAAUUUUAACAGAAGCAGAACGUGCUAGAGCAUGUUCAAGAAUUGGGGAUGAAGCAUUUAAUGGGCAAAGGCGUAAUGGCCCGUCUACAAAUCAAAAUAUUGGUAAAGCAAGUAAUGGGGGUGCUUUUGCUUUAGCAGAGAAUAGAGAUCGUUUAAAUAAUAAUAUUGGAGAAUCAAAUGAUAAUAAUUUUGUGGCUGAAGCAUUUUUGCAACAAAGGCGUAUUGAGGCAGCUGAAAUGCUUGGAAUAGAUGAAGAAGGAAAUGAAGAAAUAAAUAAAUUAAAUAAAAAUGAGGAAGGAAUGGAAGAACAAAAAAAUUUUGGAAAAAGUUUUGAGGUAAAAGGAAAUGAAAAUACACAAAUAGAAGAAGAAUUUAAUAAUAAAAUGUCUCAAAAUUCAAAACAAGAUGAACAAGAUAUAAGCAUUGAUGGAGAACAGGCUUUAUUAUUUAAUAAUGCUGCAGCUUUUAAAAUACCGUCUUUAAUAAAUGCCGAUGAACUAGAUGUUUUUGAUCCUUUAGAAAAUUCAAAGCAAACUAGCCAAAUUAGAAGACCAUUUACUGGAGUAACAAUAGAUUCUAUAACUACGCCCUCUUUUCAAAUUUCUCGAUAUCGACCAAUAUUAGGUAGAAGAAUUAACUGA